AUGGCGCCGAUCGGAGAGACGGUCUGCACUGGCGUAGCUCUACUACUGGGCUGCUUUGUCGUUCAAAGUACCGGUAGUUAUAUUGGCCCGAGGCAGAGGGUACCCGACGAGUUCGUGGCCAAACCGCAGUACCCGACUCCUUAUGGCGGCUGGGACCCCGACUGGGCGGAUAGCUACGCCAGAGCCAAGGCUAUUGUCGACGAGAUGACACUGGCCGAGAAGACCAAUAUCACUUCUGGCACCGGCUUUUUCAUGGGACGGUGCAAUGGAAACACCGGAAGCGCCCUCCGAGUAGGCUUCCCCCAGCUCUGUCUGGGAGACGGGGCCACCGGUGUCAACCAGGCUGAUAAUAUUACUGCGUUCCCUCCGGGCAUCACGACUGGCGCCACCUGGGAUAAAGAGCUCAUCUAUGCCCGUGCUGUUGCCAUGGGCAAGGAGUUCCGCGGAAAAGGGGUGAACAUCUGGCUCGGCCCCAGCGUAGGCCCUCUCGGACGGAAGCCCAAGGGAGGCCGGAACUGGGAGGGGUUUGGCUCCGACCCAGUCCUGCAGGCGAAGGCCGGUGCCCUGUCCAUCAAGGGGGUCCAGGAGUCCGGGGUCAUUGCCACCAUCAAACAUCUUAUAGGAAACGAGCAGGAGAUGUUCCGCAUGUAUAAUCCAGUCCAACAGGGUCUGAGUGCCAAUAUCGAUGACCGGACUUUGCACGAAAUCUACCUUUGGCCCUUUGCUGAUGGUUUACGAGCUGGAUCAGGAGCCGUGAUGACGGCCUAUAACGCUGUAAACGGCUCGGCCAGCGUCCAGAACAGCUAUCUCAUCAACGGAAUAUUGAAGAACGAGCUAGGGUUUCAAGGCUUUGUGAUGUCUGACUGGUUCUCACACAUGCCUGGAGGCUCGGCGAUAGCCGGUCUUGACCUGAACAUGCCCGGCGACGAACAGAUCCCUUUUUUUGGAAAGAGUUAUUGGAUGUACGAACUGACACGUUUCGUUCUCAACGGAUCCGUACCGAUGGAUCGACUAAACGACAUGACAACCCGGCUUGUGGCGACUUGGCUCAAGUUUGGUCAGGAUAAGGACUUCCCGUCGACGAAUUUCCACAUUUCUACCAAUGAGGCUAUUGGCGAUUACUACCCUGCUGCAUGGCCCUUCUCGCCCAGUGGAGUCGUGAACGAGUUUGUUCAAGUCCAGAACGACCACGACGUUGUCGCCAGGCAGGUCGCCCAAGACGCCAUCACCAUGCUGAAGAACAAUGAUAACCUUCUCCCGCUCUCGACCUCGCGUCCCCUCAAGGUUAUUGGUUCCCACGCGCAGACAAACCCGGAUGGUCCAAACGCGUGCCCUUUCAGGAGCUGCAACAAGGGCGUGCUUGGCAUGGGUUGGGGCUCUGGAGUCGUGGACUAUAUGUACAUUGAUGAUCCUAUUUCCGCCAUCCGGAGGAGAGCCGACAACGUCGAGUACUACCCCACCGACAGGAUGCCUUCGGUUCCAGAGCCGACGGGUGACGAUGUCGCCAUCGUGUUCAUCACAUCUGACUCUGGAGAAAAUAGCUUUACUGUCGAAUGGAACCACGGAGAUCGCAACUCGGAUGGCCUCAACGCCUGGCACAAUGGCGACAGAUUGGUCAAGGACGCUUCCGCAAAGUACAGCAAUGUCAUCGUCGUGGUCCACACCGUCGGCCCCAUUCUUGUGGAGGAGUGGAUCAAUCUUCCCAGCGUGAAGUCGGUCCUCUUCGCUCACCUCCCCGGCCAAGAAGCUGGUGAUUCCCUGACCAACGUCCUCUUCGGGGACGUCUCCCCUUCCGGACAUCUUCCCUACAGUAUCACUUACAAGGAGUCGGACCUGCCCAGGAGCGUUACCGAACUUACAGGUUUCGCCUUCGGCCAGCCCCAGGAUACGUUUUCAGAAGGCCUAUACAUCGACUAUCGGUACCUCAACAAGAAUGGCAUCAAACCUCGAUUCGCCUUCGGCUAUGGUCUGUCAUACACGGAUUUCACCUUCACCAACGCCACCAUCACGCCUGUAAACGAGCUGGCCGCAACCCCACCGCCCUCUCCCCCCCGUGCCCCUGUCCCGAAUUACGCCCAACCCAUACCCUCCUGGGAGGAAGCCGUCCCGCCCACUAAUUUCUUCAAGAUUCCGCGGUACCUGUACUCGUGGCUGUCUGAGUCGGACGCCCGCCGCGCCGUCCGCAGCCGAGAAGAGGGAAAUACAUACCCAUACCCCGAAGGAUACACGGCUGAACAGCCCGAGCCGUUCCCCGCCAGCGGCCCCUCGGGCGGCAACCCGAGACUGUGGGACGUCAUGUUCAAUGUAUCGGUGACGGUAACCAACGCCGGGGACACGCAUGCAGGCAAGGCGUCGGUGCAGGUAUACGUCCAGUUCCCCGAGGGCGAUGAUGUGCCGGACACGCCCGUGAUCCAGCUCCGUGACUUCGAGAAGACGACGAACCUGGAGCCGGGGGAAAGGACCACUGUCACGUUGGAGCUGACAAGAAGGGACCUCAGCGUUUGGGAUGUGGUGACGCAUAACUGGGUUGUGCCGGCGCCUGAGGGGCGGUAUAAGAUUUGGAUCGGGGACUCGAGCGAUCGGUUGUUCCUUGCAUGUUAUACGGACUCGGGGGAGUGUGAGGGAGGUCUGGAGAGCCCUGUCUAG